AACCAGUCUAUUUACUUCCCGCCAUAUUUUCCCUUGGUCAGCGAAACGAAAUUGUUUACUUUGCAAAUAGGUUGAAAAUAUGGGCGAUCAUCACGAUUUGGGAUUUAAAGCAGAGUAUGCUAAGAGUGGACGAGCUUCCUGUAAAGCCUGCAAGGGCAGUAUAGCCCAGGAUUCGCUGAGACUUGCGAUUAUGGUUCAGUCUCCAAUGUUUGAUGGGAAGAUCCCAAACUGGUUCCACUAUGCUUGUUUCUGGAAGCGAGCUCGCGGUGUCAGAACAGAUGACAUAUACGGUUAUGACAGCCUUAGAUGGGAGGAUCAACAAAAGAUCAAAGAGAAAAUUGCAGGUGCAGGUGGAGGAGAUGGCGGUGAUGGUGAAGGCUCAACUUCUACAGGAAAAGACUUUAAUACAGAGUAUGCAAAAUCUGGAAAGUCUACAUGUAGAGGUUGUGAGGAUAAAAUUGCUAAAAAUGAAGUGCGUAUUUCAAGGAAGGAUUUUGAAAGUCAGCGGGCAAAGAUGUACGGACCACAAGACCUGUGGCAUCAUGUUGACUGUUUUGUAGAAAACAGAGAUGAGCUAGACUUUGGAACAGACAAAAACCCAAACAUAAUAACAGGAUUUUCUAAUUUGAAGAAGGAAGAUCAAGAUAUGUUGAUAGAAAAACUUGGGAAAGGUAGUACAAGUGGUAAGAAAAGGAAGGGUGAAACAUCAAAAGGUUCAGGUGGGAAGAAGAAAAAAGUAGAAGAAACUGCAGAGGAAAAAGCUUUGAGGGAACAAAGUCAGCUGUUAUGGAAAUUUAGAGAUGCACUACAGAAGGAUGUGAACAAUAAUGCCAUGAAGUUGCUGCUCGAACUCAAUGGCCAGGGUAUUCCUUCAGGAGAAAGCAAGUUAUUGGACAGAGUGGCUGACUGUAUGGCAUUUGGUGCCCUAGAGAAAUGUCCAGAAUGUAAGGAUGGUCAGCUUGCAUAUUCAGCGGAUGGCUAUCAUUGUACAGGAAACAUGACGGAGUGGACUAAAUGCAUGUACAAAACUAAAACUCCAAAAAGAAAAGCAUUUAAAAUUCCAAAAGAGUAUCAUGAUGUGGAAUGUCUAAAAACUUACAAGUUUGUAAAAAGAGAUCGAGUGUUCCCUGCAGUGACUGUUAGAACUACCGAAGGCCCUGUGAGUUCAUCACUGGAUAGUGUAGAUGGCGGGGUAAAUUUCCAUCCAUUGGAAGGGAUGAAGUUUGUAGUGUCUGGUAAAUUCUCCAAGUCAAAGUCAGAAAUAACAAAGGCUGUAACGAAACUUGGUGGAACUGUUGUGUCAAAAUGUGAUGGCAAGGUUGCUGCUGUUAUCAGCACAAAAGAUGAAGUAGACAAGAAAAGUAAAGCAAUUAAGGAAGCAGAGAAUGCAGAUGUACAUGUUGUUGAUGAAGAAUUCCUCACUAAAGUCGAGAAGGGUGGAGCAGCCUUGUUAAUUACAUCACACAGCAUUGCCUCCUGGGGAUCUGAUGCUGAGAAAAGAAUAGCACAAGGUUCAAUUUCUAAAAGUGUUGGGAAAAGUGUUGGGAAAAGUUUUGGGAAGUUCUCCAAGAGGGAUGAGGCACAUUUCACAAAGAAUGUACCAGAUAAGUUAAAGAUGACAGUAAAAGGUGGAGCAGCUGUAGAUCCUGACUCUGGUCUGGAGAAUACAGCUCAUGUAGUGGAAGAAAAGGGCUCCAUCUAUAAUGCUGUGUUAGGAUUGGUUGAUGUUGUCAGGGGAACUAACUCUUACUAUAAGAUACAAGCAUUGGAGGGAGAUGGCAAAAAUACUUGGUGGGUAUUCCGUGCCUGGGGACGAGUUGGUACUACCGUAGGAGGUAACAAGGUAGAGAGAUGUGGUUCCCGGCAGUCAGCCAUUCAAAAUUUCAAGGGACUUUAUUUUGAGAAAACUAACAAUGAAUGGGAAAACAGAGAACAUUUCAAGAAAUUUCCCAACAAGUUCUACCCACUGGAUAUAGAUUAUGGACAGGACAGUGAGGGAGAUAUAAAGCAGAUCAGCUCGAAGGGUUCAACAUCUAAACUGCCCAAGUCUGUACAGGACCUUGUCUGUAUGAUAUUUGAUGUAGAGAGUAUGAAAAAAGCCAUGCUGGAGUUUGAGAUAGAUUUGAAGAAGAUGCCCCUGGGAAAGCUAUCCAAGAAGCAGAUCCAGUCUGCAUAUUCUGUCCUUACUGAAUUACUGGAGUUGACAGAGAAGGGAGGCUCUGCAACACAGAUUUUAGAUGCCAGUAACCGAUUCUACACUUUGAUUCCACAUGACUUUGGUAUGAAGAAACCACCUAUGUUAGAUACAAAAGAAAUCAUCAAGUCAAAAACUGAGAUGUUGGACAAUCUUCUAGAAAUUGAGGUAGCUUACAGUAUGUUGAAGGGUGGUGAUGCAGGAGAGGAUCCAAUAGAUGCCCACUAUAAACAGCUCAAAACUGAAAUUGUUCCACUACCAAAGGAAGAUGAGGAGUUUAAGAGAAUUGUAAAGUAUGUGAAGAAUACACACGCUGCCACACACAACAUGUAUGAACUGGAAGUAGAGGAGAUUUGGAAGAUAAAGAGAGAAGGAGAGUAUGGUAGAUACAAGCCAUUCCGAGAUCUUCACAACCGUAAAUUGUUGUGGCACGGUUCUAGAGUUACCAACUUUGGAGGUAUAUUGUCACAGGGAUUGAGGAUAGCACCACCAGAGGCACCAGUGACUGGUUACAUGUUUGGUAAAGGCGUAUAUUUUGCUGACAUGGUGUCCAAGAGUGCCAACUAUUGUAGAACAUCAAAGCAGGAUCCGAAAGGUCUGAUGAUGUUGUGUGAAGUUGCCCUUGGUAAUAUGUAUGAGUGUACUCGUGCAGAAUAUGUCAACAAAUUACCAAAAGGAAAACACAGCUGUAAAGGUUUGCUUCAUUUCUCGUUUAUUCAUCAACAUCAGAAGUCGCUGUUAGAAGUGUGUAUGUACUUGGAUACAUGCAACCCGAGCCAACUACACUACUCUGAUGGUGUAGAAAUCCCCACGGGUCGUCCAGUGGACGAAUCACUUGUGGGUAUUCCACUUAACUGUAUAAUGAUGUGUGUGCAACAUUUCUCUCGUUGGUUGCUAUUUGGUUUAUAUGCUUCAUUUUCACUUACAUUGGUUGCCGCCGAUCUAGAUGCUAUAUUUCUGACAUUUGGUAGCGACAUGGUUGUUUUCCUUAACUUUUCUCUCAGAUUUAUUGUCUAUGAUGUUGCACAGAUUAACAUGAAGUAUUUGCUAAAGAUGGACUUUAAAUACAAGUGGUAACCUGUGAUAUACUUCUACAGUCAGUGUCGUAGUGAACAUAAGAUAGCACUGACUAGCACAGACUAAAGAAAGGAAAUAGAUGUAGCGAACCUUGGUAGACUUCAGUAACAUAGACAUUUGAUACUGAUAAAGAUCAACAAGAAAAAUAAGUGAGAAAUCAAUGUAAUAGACAGCAACUGUGAAUCUGUCAUAAAAUGCUUUACAGUUGAAUACUAGGGAUGGAUGCAGGAAUUCAAUACAGAAAAUACAAGUGACAAGAGCAGUUUUGUUAACAUGGUGAAAAGUCAUGGUUAGACUAUUGUAAUGUGUGUACCACUUUGAAGCUUUAAUGAAACGUUAAUGAAACUCUAUAGUUGCCACUUGAUUGUGUAUGUUGCAUUUCUGACAUUGAUUCUUGCAUUGAAAGCAACUUGAUCGUGUGUGUUACAUUUCUCUCAUUUUUAAUUGCAACAUUUCUCACAUUGGUUAUCACUCGAUCGUAUAUGCUACAUUUCUCACAUUCUUUGCCACUUGGUCGUGUAUAUUACAUUUCUCAGUAUUGGUUGCCAAUCAGUUGUGUGUGCAACAUUUCUCUCGUUGGUUGCUAUUUGGUUGUAUAUGCUUCAUUUCUCACUUUCACAUUGGUUGCCGCUCGAUCUUGUAUGCUAUAUUUCUGACAUUGGUAGCCACAUGGUUGUGUAAGCUACAUUUGUCUCAUCUAUUGGCUAUCGGUCAUGUAUGCUACAUUUCUCUCAUUGGUUGCCACUUAGGUUUCUCACAUUAAUUAUUGCAGCUUUUAGAUGUCCUGUUUUUUAGCUCACAUGAGCCAAAGGCUCAUGGUGAGCUUUGUGACCGCUCAAUGUGUGUCGUGUGUCCGUCAACAUUUUCUAAAAAAAUCUUCUUGAAAACCACUUGGCAGAAUUACACCAAACUUCACAGGAAUGAUCCUUGGGUGGCCCCCUUUCAGAAUUGUUCAAAGAGUUGAAUUCCAUGCAGAACUCUGGUUGCCAUUGCAACCGAAAGGAAAAGCUUAAAAAAUCUUCUUGUCCAAAAUCACAGGGCCUAGGGCUUUCAUAUCUGGUGUGUAGCAUCAUCUAGUGGUCCUCUACCAAAAUUGUUCAAAUUAUCCCCUAGGGUCAAAUAUGGCCCCGCCCCAGGGAUCACAUGGUUUAUAUAGACUUAUAUAGGGAAAACUUUGAAAAUCUUCUUGUACAAAACCACAUGGCCUAGGGCUUUGAUAUUUGGUAUGUAGCAUCAUCUAGUGGUCCUCUACCAAGAUUGUUCAAAUUAUCCCCCUAGGGUUAAAUAUGGGCCCGCCCCCGGGGACCCAAGUUUUACAUAGACUUACAUAGGAAAAAAGUUUAAAAAUCUUCUUGUCUGAAACCACAACACUUUGACCUUUUAUAUUUGGUUUGUAGCAUUGUCUUAUGGGCCUCAACAAAUUUUUUUCAAUUGUACCCCUGGGGUGAAAAGAGGCCCUGCCCUGGGGUCCCAAGGUUUAUAUAGACUUACAUAAGAAAAAACUUUAAAAUUCUUCUUGUCUGAAACCAUACGACCUAGGCUUUUGAUAUAUGGUAUGAUGCAUUGUCUAGUAGUUCUCUACCAAAAUUGUUCAAAUUAUGCCCCUGGGGUCAAAAGGGCCCCCGUCCUGGGGUCACUUAGUUAUUAUGUGAGUUAUAUAGGAAAAAUACUUAAAAAAAUCAUUUGAAUAUUUCCAAGACUGUUUAAUUAUAAUUACCUGAUGACCCUAAGUAAUAUGUCACUUGUCUGUGACCUUGACCUACUGACCUACUUUCUUGUUUUUAAAGAUACAGCCUUGAAAUUUUGAUGACAUACACAGUUUUGCACACCAAUUGUAAAACUGAAUUUCAUUGACCAUGAAUGUGACCUACUGACUUUCUUAAUAUUUUAUCAUCAGUUUGAUAUUUGAAACAUGUAGCUCAUAUUACUCAGGUGAGCAAUCCAGAGUCAUCAUGACCCCCUUGUAGCAAAUGCAGGCAUUACUAGUACAGGUAGGAAUUUGAAAUUUCUUUCAAGUCAAGCCCUGGUGAAAAAGGGAUCAUGCAUUCCUGUUUUCUUUGUUGGUGUAUAUGGAAGGACAAAGUUCACAGUAUUGGUUGCCAAAAGUGUGUAUGUUUGAUAUAUAAUUGAUACAAUUUGAUAUCUCAACAUUUAUGACUAACACAAUGUUUUUGAGAUUUGAAAUUAAUGACGGAAUAGUUUUUACUGUUAACAUGCAUUCAUUUUUGUGGGUUUUUAGCUCACCUGAGCCAAAGGCUCAUGGUGAGCUUUUGUGACCGGUCAGUGUCCGUCGUGCAUCGUGCGGUGUCAGUCGUCCGUCCGUCAACAUUUUCUAAAAAAAAAUCUUCUUGAAAACCACUGGGCAGAAUUACACCAAACUUCACAGGAAUGAUCCUUGGGUGGCCCCCUUUCAAAAUUGUUAAAAGAAUUUCAUUCCAUGCAGAACUGGUUGCCAUGGCAACUGAAAGGAAAAACUUUAAAAAUCUUCUUGUCCAAAACUGCAAGGCAUAGAGCCUUGAUAUUUGGCAAGUGACAUUAUCUAAUGCUCCUCUAUGAAGAUUGUUCAAAUUGUGCCCCUGGGAUUAAAAGAGGCCCGGCCCUGGGGUCCCCAAAUUUUACGUAGACUUAUAUAGGAAAAAACUUUAAAAAUCUCCUUGUCUGAAACUACAAGAUCUAGGCCUUUGAUAUUUUGUAUGUAACUUUGCCUUGUGUUCCUCUAUGAAGAUUGUUCAAAGUGCCCCUGGGAUGAAAAGAGGCUCCACCCCGGGGGUUCCAAAUUUUACAUAGACUUAUAUAGGAGAAAACUUUAAAAAUCUUCUUGUCUAAAACUAAAAGGCCUAGGCUUUUGAUAUUUGGUAUGUAGCAUUGCCUAGUGGACCUCUAACUGAAUUUUUCAAAUUAUGCCCCUGGGUGAAAAGAAGCCCCGUCCUGUGGGUCACUUGUUAUACAAGUUAUGUAGGAAAAAAUACUACAAAAAUUAUCAGAUCAUAUUUCCUAGACUGUUUAAUCAUAUUUACCUGAUGUACCCAAGUGAUUACGGGUCACCUUACUGUGACCUUGACCUACUGACCUACUUUCUUGUUUUUAGCUCACCUGAGCACAAAGUGCUCAAGGUGAGCUUUUGUGAUCGCUUUGUGCCCGUCGUCAACAAUUAGACUGUUAACACUCUAGAGGUCACAAUUUGACCCAAUCUUAAAGAAACUUGGUCAGAAUGUUACCCUCAAUAAAAUCUUGGUCGAGUUCGAUAUUGGUUCAUCUGGGGUCAAAAACUAGGUCACCAGGUCAAAUCAAAGGAAAAGCUUGUUAACACUCUAGAGGUCACAAUUUUGGCCCAAUCUUAAUGAAACUUGGUCAGAAUGUUACCCUGAAUAAAAUCUUGGAUGAGUUUGAUAAUGGGUCAUCUGGGUUCAAAAACUAGGUCACCAGGUCAAAUCAAAGGAAAAGCUUGUUAACACUGUAGAGGCCAUAUUUAAGACUGUAUCUUCAUGAAACUUGGUCAGAAUGUUAAUCAUGAUGAUCUCAAAGUCCAGUUUGAAUCUGGGUCAUGUAGGGUCAAAAACUAGGUCACCAGGUCAAAUCAAAGGAAAAGCUAGUUAACACUCCAGAGGCCACAUUUAUGACCAUAUCUUAAUGUAACUUGGUCAGAAUGUUAAUCUUGAUGAUCUAUAGGUCAAGUUCAAAUCUGGGUCAGGUGGAGUCAAAAACUAGGUCACCAGGUCAAAUCAAGGGAAAAGCUUGUUAACACUCUAGUCCAGAGGCCACAUUUAUGACUGUAUCUUCAUGAAACUCAGUCAGAAUGUUAAUCUUGAUGAUCUUUAGGUCAAGUUCAAAUCUGGGUCAUGUGGGUCAAAAACUAGGUCACUGGGUCAAAUCAAAGAAAAAGUUAGUUAACACUUUAGAGGCCACAUUUAUGACCAUAUCUUAAUGAAACUAUCUUGAUGAUCUUUAGGUCAAUAGGUCAGGUGAGCGAUACAGGGCCUUCAUGGCCCUCUUGUUUAAGAUACAGCCUUGAAAUUUGGAUGACAUGUACAGUUUUGCAUACCGAUCUAAAAACUGACUUUCAGUGACUUUGGCCAUGAAUUUGACCUACUGACCUACUUUCUAAUAUUUUAGCAUCAGUUUGUCAUUUGAAACAUGUGACUCCUAUUACUCAGGUGAGCGAUAUGGGUCAUCAUGACCCUCUUGCUUUUAGCUCACCUGAGCACAAAGGCUCAAAGAUGAGCUUUUGUGAUCGCCCUGUGUCAGUUGUCCGUCGUCAACAAUUUGACUGUUAACACUCUAGAGGUCACAAUUUUGACCCAAUCUUAAUGAAACUUGGGUCAGAAUGUUACCCUCAAUAAAAUCUUGGACAAGUUCGAUAUUGGGUCAUCUAGGGUCAAAAACUAGGUCACCAGGUCAAUUCAAAGGAAAAGCUUGUUAACACUCUAGAGGUCACAAUUUUGGCCCAGUCUUAUGGUAACUUGGUCAGGAUGUUAGCCUCAAUAAAAUCUUGGACGAGUUUGAUUUUUGGUCAUCUGGGCUCAAAAACUAGGUCACAAGGUCAAAUCAAACGAAAAGCUUGUUAACACUCUAGAGGUCACAAUUUUAGCCCAAUCUUAAAGAGACUUGGUUAGAAUGUUAUCCUCAAUAAAAUCUUGGACAAUUUCAAUAUUGGGUCAAAAAUCUGGUGUGAAAAACACGGUCACCAGGUCAAAUCAAAGAAAAAGCUUGUUAACACUGUAGAGGCCACAUUUAUGACUGUAUCUUCAUGAAUCUUGGUCAGAAUGUUAAUCUUGAUGGUCUCAAGGUCCAGCUUGAAUAUGGGUCAUGUAGGAUCAAAAACUAGGUCACCAGGUCAAAUCAAAGGAAAAGCUAGUUAACACUGUAGAGGCCACCUUUAUGACCAGAUCUUGAUGAUCUGUAUGUCAGCUUUGAAUCUGGGUCAUGUGGUGUCAAAAACUAGGGCACCAGGUCAAAUCAAAGGAAAAGCCAGUUAACACUUCUGAGAUCACAUUUAUGAAACUUGGUCAGAAUGUUAAUCUUGAUUAUCUUUCGGUCAAUAGGUCAGGUGAGCGAUACAGGGCCUUCAUGGCCCUCUUGUUUGUAGAUUUAUUGUUCCAUCCAAAACUGUAAUCUUUUGUGGAUAGGCUAAGAAAAAUUAUAUUAAGCAUUAGAUAGGAUACUGUAAUAUACACUGACACAUCUUUCUGUUAGAUUUAAGAAUUAUUUGUAGCGUAUGUAUCUAUGUACACAAGUUGGAUGAUUUUGUUUAUUUAGUGGUUGUUAAUGGUACUGUUUUUUCCUAUGCGUGAAUCUAAAUAAAAGGUGACAAAGACAA